GGAGGCGGCGGCGCGCGGCGCUCGGCCGGCAGAAGGCAGGAACCGCGGCGGAGGACGGAGCCGCAGCCGGGAGCCAGGCCGCUCGAUCUGAUUUUUAUCCACUGUAACCAGCGCGGCUCACUUAAGAUCCUCUAGAUCCAGAUCAAAGAGCCCAGCUCACUGCACUCCUGAGCACGAAGGAGUCUGCGAUUUUGAAUUUCUUGGUGGAGGACACCAAAACUCUCUGCUGGUCUUGCUCCCGAUGAUGCAAGUGUGAUUGCUGUCAUCUUCAUGAGCUCCCGAGGUCAUAGCACGCUGCCGCGGACUCUCAUGGCCCCUCGGAUGAUUUCCGAGGGAGACAUAGGAGGCAUCGCUCAAAUCACCUCCUCUCUCUUCCUGGGCCGAGGCAGUGUGGCCUCCAACCGGCACCUCCUCCAGGCACGUGGCAUCACCUGCAUUGUGAAUGCUACCAUCGAGAUCCCCAAUUUCAACUGGCCCCAAUUUGAAUAUGUUAAGGUGCCUCUGGCUGAUGUUCCUAAUGCCCCCAUUAAAGUGUACUUUGACAUGGUGGCCGACAAGAUCCACAGUGUGAGCAGGAAGCACGGGGCUACGCUGGUGCACUGUGCCGCGGGGGUGAGCCGCUCGGCCACCCUCUGCAUCGCGUACCUGAUGAAGUUCUACAACGUGUGUCUGCUGGAGGCGUACAGCUGGGUGAAAGCCAGGAGGCCUGUCAUCAGACCCAACGUGGGCUUCUGGCGGCAGCUGAUAGACUAUGAGUGCCAGCUCUUUGGGAAGUCGACAGUUAAGUUGGUACAGACACCUUAUGGCAUAAUUCCAGACGUUUAUGAGAAAGAGUCCCGACACCUGAUGCCUUACUGGGGGAUUUAAUGCCACCAAAGCCUGCGUCAGCAGCCCCUGAGCAGUACCAGCAUCUGCUACACACCGUCUGCUCCCCUCUUCAUCUUUCUUUUCAAAUGGUUGACUUUUGAUUCUUUUGCCAGUGUUUUUACACUGGGUGUUUAAGUUUAUUUUAAGAGAUAGGGUGGGGACAUAAGGGGGAUGCAUACAUUGCUAGGAACAUUUUUCAAACUAGCAUUUUUAAAUAGGGAGUAUGAAAAUCUUGAACUGGCCUUGAACCAUUUUUAACAAUAUGAACAGUUUAAUAAACUGUUUCUGCUUUACUCUGGCUCCUGUGCCUUUUGGUACCAUGGCAGGUGCGGGAGGAGCUCAGUGCAGAAAUCACUCUGGGCUGUGAUGAAGCCUUUAGAGACGAGCCUUACCCAAGGCUGCUGACCAGAAUGAUGCUUAGGAAGAUACUGAUACCAGCUUCCGUCUCUACUGGAUCAGCCCUACCCUUUCCUUUUCCUUUCUCUUUCCUAUUAUUUAGUGACUCUAUAAGUUAAACAAACCUUUGUUAUUUAGAUGAUAAGUAAUUAUAAUGAAAUCUGCUGCAAAGAUCCUCUUGAAACAGUGUGCCCCAGGGUUAUAUUAGCAUUAUUUUUAAUAAAUAUAUCUGCUUAGCAAACCUUUUACUAAUAA